CAUAACGCCGACGUCCAAACUGAACGCUAGCAACGAUCUAAACUAGCUGUAAACAAAUACGCACAGAGAAUGUUUCGGAAUUUUUAUGCAGAACAGAAAAUGGCAGACCCUAGAGACAGUUGGUAUAAGCCAAACCUGCUCUACAAUAUUCAUUACAGACCUCCUAAUCCACCAACACCGCCGACACCACCAAAGAUGCUUGUACUUACAAGGGAAUUCAACCCAAGUGUAUGCACUUGCGGUGAACACAGUUGUGUCCCACAUUACAGGAUGGAGAGGGAAGUCAUUUGGUCAAGUAAGAAGGCCAUAAACGAGGCAGAGAGGGAGCUAAAGGAAGAUAUUCAAGCUGAGAGAAGUGCCAACGCGCAUAGGGAGCUAAAGGAAGAUAUUCAAGCUGAGAGAAGUGCCAAUGCGUAUAGAAAGCUAAAGGAAGAUAUUCAAGCUGAGAGAAGUGCCAACGCGCAUAGGGAGCUAAAGAAAGAUAUUCAAGCUGAGAGAAGUGCCAAUGCGUAUAGGGAGCUAAAGGAAGAUAUUCAAGCUGAGAGAAGUGCCAAGGCUCAUAGUGAGCUAAAGGAAGGUAUUCAAGCUGAGAGAAGUGCCAAGGCGCAUAGUGAGCUAAAGGAAGAUAUUCGGGCUGAGAGAAGUGCCAAGGCGCAUAGUGAGCUAAAGGAAGAUAUUCGAGCUGAGAGAUGUGCCAAGGCAAAAAUUGAGAGCAUCGUUGACGUAGAUGAUGACAGUUGUGAAGACAUAAUUGAAUACGACGAUCCCAAAAGUAAAGAUUACGAAGAAUGGAAGAUGAGGAAUGAUACCAGAAGUAGAUGCAGUGACAGAGAUGGCCUUUCCAACAGCUUGCCUAGAUUCGAUGACCAUUCACAGCAAGAAAAACCAGAUACGAACGUGUUACACACAGCUGGUACUGCCGUUGGACUGGAGGAGGCAGAUAACGAAGACUUUGGUUCAGCUUUUGGCAUUAUGAGUGUGUACUGUGACAGUGAACUACAUACAUGGAACUGGAAGAAUGAGUUCCCCUAGUGAAACGUUCAGUUGUGAAAUAUUACAGAUAAUAAUUUACAAAAACAUAUUUUUACUUUUUAACGUUAAAAUAAAAUGUUCCCAAUGUUU